AUGUCGCUGCCAAUGAACUCGCUGUAUUCGCUCACCUGGGGCGAUUACGGCACCAGUCUCGUGUCGGCCAUCCAAUUGUUGCGCUGCCAUGGCGACCUCGUCGAUUGCACGCUGGCCGCCGGCGGGCGGAGUUUUCCCGCCCACAAGAUAGUCCUCUGUGCCGCCUCCCCCUUCCUUCUGGACUUGCUCAAGAACACACCAUGCAAGCACCCAGUUGUGAUGUUGGCCGGCGUCAAUGCCAACGAUUUGGAGGCAUUGCUGGAGUUUGUCUAUCGCGGCGAGGUGAGCGUUGACCAUGCCCAGCUGCCGUCGCUGCUGCAGGCUGCCCAGUGCCUCAAUAUCCAGGGACUGGCACCGCAGACGGUGACCAAGGAUGACUACACCACGCAUUCGAUACAACUACAGCACAUGAUACCGCAACACCAUGACCAGGACCAACUGAUUGCCACGAUUGCCACCGCUCCCCAACAAACGGUACAUGCCCAAGUGGUGGAGGAUAUCCAUCACCAGGGACAGAUUCUACAGGCAACAACCCAGACCAAUGCAGCAGGACAACAGCAAACGAUUGUGACAACGGACGCGGCUAAGCACGACCAGGCAGUGAUUCAGGCAUUCCUCCCGGCACGGAAGCGGAAGCCACGUGUUAAGAAAAUGUCACCCACGGCACCGAAAAUCAGCAAAGUUGACGGAAUGGAUACAAUUAUGGGCACACCGACCUCUUCGCACGGCUCGGCACAAGGAUCAGUACAACAGGUUCUGGGCGAAAAUGGAGCUGAAGGCCAACUUCUGACGUCGACACCGAUCAUCAAGAGCGAAGGACAAAAGGUGGAGACAAUUGUGACCAUGGACCCCAAUAAUAUGAUACCGGUAACGUCAGCCAAUGCGGCCACGGGCGAGAUAACAACGGCUCAAGGAACCACAAGCUCAUCCGGCGGUGGCAACACCAGCGGCAGCGCAUCCACACCCAAGGCAAAACGUACCAAGCAUCCGCCUGGAACGGAAAAACCACGGUCGCGAUCACAAUCGGAACAACCAGCCACUUGCCCCAUUUGUUAUGCUGUCAUUCGACAAUCUAGGAACUUGCGACGACAUCUUGAGCUGCGGCACUUUGCCAAGCCGGGCGUCAAAAAGGAAAAGAAAAGUAAGUCCGGUAAUGAUACCACCCUAGACACCAGUAUGGAACUGAACACCACGGCUGAGGAGGGCGACACUACGGUGGGCAGUGAAGGAGCGGUAGCUGGAGGAGCGGGAUCAGCUGGCGGAGCAUCGUCUGCACCCAGCGGCAAGAAAUCAGGCAACGGAUCUAGUGGCUCAGGAUCAGCUGGUGGCGGCACACUAAGCUCCAGCAGUGGGGUACCCCAGGUGCAGGCAGUGCAGUCGCUGCAUACCUUGCAGGGUGUGCAGGUUAAAAAGGAUCCCGAUGCCCAACAACAACAGCAGCAACAACAGCAACAGCAGCAGCAGCAACAACAACAGCAGCAACAGCAACAACAGGCAAUGGCAGUGAGCGGCUCGGCGGGUGGACAAGUGCAGCAGGUGCAACAGGUGCAAGUCCAGCAGCAACAGCUACAGCAUCACCAAAUCAUUGACUCCUCCGGCAACAUAACUACGGCAACGACAAGCGCCCAAGCGGCGGCGGCAGCUCAACAGCAGGCAGCCGCCGGUCAACAGCAGCAACAACAGCAACAGCAGCUGGUGGCGCAGUCCGGCGAUGGCAGUGAGAGCGGCGGAACACCGCUGUCCAUUGCCCAGGUGCAAACGCUGCAGGGUCAUCAGAUCAUAGGCAAUAUCAAUCAGGUGAAUAUGACUGAUUUCCAACAGCAACAACAACAACAGCAGCAGCAGCAACAACAGCAAACACAACAACCACAACAGACGCUUUGAUUGGACGGAAAAACGUAGUUAGAUCCAUUAUGUACUAUUAUUAUUUUUGGAUUUGCCAAACCAAACGCUUUAAGUAAUGCGUAGACCAAUUCUAAAUGAAUUCUUCAAAUUAAUUGAAGAUACAAAAAAAAAAAAACUCUUGAUAUCCUCUGAUAUCUUGGUUGAACCAUCUUUAGUUGUACAAUUUUAUUGACUUUACAUGUUGAUUUUCCUCCUACAAUAUAUUUUCUCUAUAUUAUA